AGGGGGGGACGCUUUAGUCAGCUGUACCAAGUCACCGCCGCUUGAGUCACGUUGUAAUUGGCUCUUUUUGCGCUGGAGAAUCAUCAAAUUGAUGUCCAAACGAAGGAUCAUGCUGUCUUUGUUUCUUCGAUGACAAUAUCGAGCUAGCCACAGUUGUUGGCAGACUGUCAUGGAAUAAAGACAUGUUCCUCACUUCAGCUACCGUAUUGCUGCAACGUUUUGGGAGACAUGGAACAUCCGACAUCUAUUUCCCAGGAAUUGAGACAAUUUGUCGUGCCCGGUGCCCCCCCGACAGUCUAUUACAUACCUGAGUUCAUAUCUGCUGAGGAGGAGGCCUACCUCCUGCAGCAGGUCUACCAGUCCCCCAAACCCAAGUGGACCCAGUUGUCUGGAAGGAGGCUGCAGAACUGGGGAGGGUUGCCACAUCCCAAAGGGAUGCUGGAGGAGAAGAUCCCCGCAUGGCUUGACAAUUAUUGCCAGAAAGUUUCUUCGCACGGGGCUUUCGAUGGGAAAACGGCCAACCACGUUCUAGUGAACGAGUACAAACCAGGAGAGGGGAUUAUGCCCCACGAGGACGGACCCCUGUACCACCCAACGGUCACAACUGUCACCCUGGGUUCGCACGGCCUCUUGGACUUUUACAUGCCCGUCAGCCGGCUGGAGGGCGACGAUAACGCCGUCACCACAUUGGAGGAGGACCGGCAUCUUUUCUCCCUGCUGUUGAGGCCACGCAGCUUGUUGGUGCUUCAGGACGACGCGUACCAGAACCUUCUCCACGGCAUCGGAGCUCGUGAGAUGGACGUUCUGACUGACAAGGUGCUGAACUUGCGCGGAGCUGUGGCCCGGCCGGGCGAGACGCUGACUCGAGGGACCAGAGUUUCGCUGACCAUUCGACACGUCCCCAAAGUCUUGAAGACCAAGCUGCUCCUUGGGCGGAGGUGAUCGAAGGAAAACAGUGGACCACGUGAAGGCUUAACUUUUGUCAUAUAGUGGAAAUUAAGUGAAUUUGGAUCAUGGAAAUGUGUGAACUCAAAUCUUUCUGCAUCAUGACAGAUAAACUUCAUUGUCAUUUUGACUUGAACAUGAAAAAAAUAAAAGCGUGAAAUCAAACAA